AUGGUGUUAAAAGUGCUCGACUUAUUGGCAACCUCUUUAAAACCCUUACACCUCAUACCAACAAUAAAAAUAAAAACACUUGUGUUGCCCUCGCUAUUGACUUCUCUGGAGGUGAGGGCUGGUCUGAUAGGUCUAACAAUAUGUCGUGAUGCAGAUUUACCAAGACAACAUAAGACGAACCUGGAGAUCUAUUACUCUCUGUUCCUUAUACCCAUACUCACCUCUUUGACUGUGAAGGGUGUAGAAUCAUGGGACACAUUCCAUGGUUUUCGACAUGACUGGACGAGGACUUCGAAUAUCACCAGCCUAUCAUUUCCGGCUCACGUUGACCAUGGUGGGGAUUUCAAAGAGAUUUUGACAUGGCCUAAAGCUCUGCAGGUAUUACGGAUUGAGAACUUCGAUGACGCACUCAUUGAUGGCGGAUCCAUGGUCAUGACUGGUGCGGAAUAUGAAGAUGCUAUUCGAACACAGCAUGAGACUCUGGAAGAAUUCUCCCUCGAUACCGCUGAUGAUCAACCUUUUUCCCUUUUGCUAUUGGAAAGCCAACCUAAUCAUCCGAGGCCUGAUGUUCUCAUCAGCUUCAAGUCAUUCACACAGCUGCGACGUCUUAGACUCCCACGUGAGUUUGUGAUGUUGAAAACAAAUGAAGUCCAAGACCUGUGCCUUCUGCCCGGCGCGCUGUCGACAGCUUCGGAUAUCCUCCCACCGAGUCUUGAAGAAUUCCAAUUUCAGAUGGUAAUGGUACAAAAAUACUCAGGAGAACCGUCUAAUCCUUUUGAGGGUUUUGGAGAAGGGACGAUCUCUGCUCGGCUGUGUGAGAUUGCCCACAAAAAGGAUCGAUAUCCUGCUUUGGGCAAGGUCGCCAUCUGGGUGCAUGAUCUUCAUGGAAUCUACGAGAACCAUGACAAGUCAUCACGUUGUCUUGAACCAUUUGAUGUGGAACUCUGGAGCUUUGAAACCGGUUUGUCUGCCGCUUUGGAUGCUUUCAAAGAGGCUGGUAUUGAGUCAUACAUGGUCACAUCCAGGAAACCACCAAUGUUCAGUUAUUGA